CAGCCGCUGCGAUCGGUUCAGUUUCAGUUCGGUCGCGAGUUUAGGAGGUUGGUAGCGCGAGUGGAUCGCAGUUGGCGGUGCACGUGUUUGAAACACGGCGGUAAUAAGAAUGCACAUUAUCGAAAACCAUUCGGAUAAAUAAUACCAUGACUGCUUGCGGCUGGAUGUUGUGUUUGUGAGGAUUUUGCAAAGUUGUGUUCAAAGUGGGGGCCAGUAGUUGCCAUGAUUAUAUCAAAAGAUCUGUUUCUGCUGGGAGACCAAGACUACUUGAGACUCCCCAAUAAGGACGAGAAAAGGCCAACUAUGAUAAGACCUGCCGUUAAACCGCAAAGGUAAUGGAAAGAAACCGCUGCAACCGUCGUAAGCUCGAUGCCUUUCAUCGCACCGAUUCGGCGUCCUAGGAUUAUGGUAGAUACAGCAACAGUCCACUUUCCAUGCCUCAUAACCGACCACCGUCCACUCCCGGUCCACCUGGCCUUCCGGGGCCUCACCGUGAGCGCCGGUUCUCGUCAAAUCCUCCAGGAUGUGGACGGCUUGGUCCGCCCCGGCCAGAUCCUAGCCGUCAUGGGCCCCUCCGGAUGCGGCAAAACCACUCUCCUGAACUGUUUAAGUGGGCGCUUGAAGCUCGAUUCGGGCCAAAUUUUCUUCAACCGGGACCUGCUCUGCAAGAGAUGGAAGAGGAAAAUCUGCUACGUGCUCCAGCAGGACAUUUUUUUCCCCGACUUGACGCUGAGACAGACGCUGGAGUACACCGCAAGACUGAGACUACCCGACACCAUGAGCCACUCCCAAAAAAUGCAAUACGUUGACCACAUCAUCGACGUGCUGGAGCUACAACACUGCCAAGACACCAUUAUCGGGGAUUACAUCAAGCGGGGGCUGAGCGGGGGCGAGAAGAAGCGGGCGAAUAUCGCGUGCGAGCUGCUCACGAACCCCUCGUUGAUGCUGCUUGAUGAACCGACGUCUGGGCUGGAUUCGCAUGCGGCGCAUAGUCUCAUGACGACGCUGAAGAGGUACGCGGUCACAGAGGGCAAAACUGUGGUCAUCACCCUUCACCAACCCUCGUCGCAGAUUUUCCACCUUUGUGAUAAGCUGCUGCUGCUGUGCAACGGCCAGACGGCGUACUUCGGAGAUACCUGCAAAGUUGUCGACUUUUUCAGCAACAUUGGACUGAAUAUCAUGCCGCAUUACAAUCCAGCCGAUUUCAUACUGGAACAAAUCAAAGGAUCAAACGAAGUGAGGCAGAGGAUAAUAUCGGCGGCGCGGGAGGCUCGCAAGAGCAAGGACUACCCCAUCGAGCUGCAGUCCGACUGUUCGUACAUCACCGAUAAAUACACGGAUCAUCACACGAAUAAGAUCCUCCCGCCGACGCACGGUCCCUAUCCAAGUUUAGAACAAGACACAAUCAACUCGAUGGAGCCCGACGUGCGAAGACUGUGGCUCGACACCCAUUCCCACGCGUCCUCUUCGGUGAGUUCGGAGACGAGCGACGCCGAUUGCUACUUCUCGUGGCCUACCAGCUUCUGGACGCAGUUCAAAGUAUUGUCGCAGCGGAAUUUCCAAGAAGCGCGGCCUAGAAUGUUGUCGAAACUUAACUGGGUACAAACGAUAGGUUUAGGUUUACUGGCCGGCCUGCUCUGGUUCCAGCUGGAGCGAAGAGAGGAGGCUCUGCACGACAUCCAGGGCUGGAUGUUCUUCUCGACGACGUACUGGAUGCUGUUUGCGCACUUCGGGGCGCUCAGCUCCUUCCCCCCCGAGCGGGAGGUCAUCAACAAAGAGAGACAAUCAGGCGCUUAUCGUCUAUCCGCGUAUUAUUUAGCUAAAAUGGUAGGAGAAUUACCUCUCACGAUCACUUUACCGGCGGUGUAUCACCUCAUCUCGUACCCUAUGUUAGGUUUCCACUCACCUUUCGUGUUUCUCACCCUUUUGGGCUUUCUGUUGUUGAACACUAUAGUUGCACAAAGUGUGGGCUUCUUCAUCGGGGCCUGCUGCAUGGACAUGCAAGUUAGCAUCACGAUCAGCGCCCUCUACACGCUGGCAACACAACUUUUCGGAGGUUACCUUGCCACCAACAUCCCCGUCUGGCUGACCUGGAUGAAGUACAUGUCGAUGGUGCACUACGCCUACCAGAACAUGCAGAUCGUCGAGUUCAGCGAGGGACUGCCGAUUUUAUGCGCGCAUCAGUCCAAGUUCACGGUGUGCGCCGAGUCGGACCACAUCCCAGUGUCGGCCAUCCUGGAGGCUCAGGGAUCGUAUCUUCCUCUAUGGGCCAACACUUUCGUCUUACUAGCCUUCUUGCUCGUCUUUCGUAUCUUAGGCUAUAUCGUACUGCGUUACUUCAAAGCUCCCAAGUGACCCUAAAUUAAUUCUGUAUCGUUCAAUUGUGAUAAACUACGAUAGAUAUUAGUCGUGGAGACGACGUAAAAUCAAAACUUGACGCAUUUCCCGGAAUGCCGUUAAUAAAUUAAUGGACAGUUGGUAGUGACUGCGUUUACGAACAGGCUGUGCUUCAUGUAACUCAUUCGUGUUACGUUAUUCUAAGUUCUUAAUUUUAAUGGUUCAUUCCAACUUGUUUUUAGUAUAAAGAAUUUGAUUUGCCCCUCCCGCCGCCUCGCGUAGCAGGGCUGAGAUGUUUGUGAUGAAUCUGGCUGUAAAAUUCUUUGUAAUAACGACAGGUUCUCGGCUUAUUAUUUUUAUUUAAAAGGAGGAAGUGUGAGUUUGCACAGUGCCUUGGUUUCUUUUCGUUAAGUAUUCGAUGUGCCAAGUAUCGACAACCAGCUACGGCGACUGCCAGAUUUUCAAACCGUUCAUGUAUUAAGAAGUGCAAGGCGUGAUAAAUUGUUUUGUGUUGUGGUGCGAGUUACUGAGGCGGCUGUCUCGAUUGCAUCACAUCUUGGUUUACGGAAAUUUAUGAAAUCGACGCGGUUGCAAAUUAUUGGUACUUAAUUCACGACCAAAUUUUCUUUCGGACAGCAAUAAGUUUCCUUUUUGGCUUUGUCACUGGUAAGACUGGACUGUUUCAUAAAUUUCCAAAUACUCAAAUCACUGUAUAUUUUUGUUACGUUUUAUGAUUUAUUAUUACAUCACUACACAAAGGUAACUAUUGCAUUUUUUUAACUAUAUUUAAGUAUGUUUAUUUUUGUGUAAUUUAAGUUUUAACAAGCGAGACAUUACCUGAAAUGUAUGAUUACCAAUCAAGUGUUCAAACACUUAGUCAAAGUUGAUGCCCGAUUCGACGUCUUAUUAAGAUCGCAUAGCUUUUGUAACCUGUACAGAUAUAAAUAUAUUUAUUAAAACAAAGGUCUUAAUACUGACUAGGGCUGUAAUAUAACCAUAUAAAUAAACUUUCUGCGAAUAUUUGCCUUUCUUACUUUUUUAAAUUAAGUUAUUCUUUGUAUAUAAAUUUUAUUACUUUGGACCAAGUUAAGAACACACACAAAACUAAAAUAUUCUAAUUGAAACAGUUGGCUUAUUAUUGUUACUAAACAAAUCAUUUUAUAUACUAUAAAUAAUAAAUAAUCAUUUGUUUAAAGGUACUGUUGGCAGAAAUAUUUAUUCAAAUUCAAUAUAAUACUUGUUAGCUAAAACAAAACUUUAAAAGACCAAAUUCUAACUGCCAUUUUCUCAAAAUUAUGCCAAGCUGUUGUUGAACAUUUGAAAUGUUGGAAAGACUAAUAAUAUCAAAUGUUAUUCAUAUCAUAUGAUGCUAUUGUUUAAUAUUAUCUCAUACGUCUAUACUUCCACGUAUAUGUAUAAUUGUACAAAGACAGACUCCUUGUAUCUACGUUAUAGCUAGUCCUAGCCUCUCAUUUAACUAGGAACUAUUUAUAUAAAUCAAUAAAGAGUUUAUUAAUAUGA